AGAGAGAGAGAGAGAGAGGUGAACAGUUCUGUUCUCUCAGUAAAGAUGUGGCUCUGUGUGUUUCUGCUCUACUCUGUGCUGCAGGAAUCUUCAGGCUGCACUGUAGAGCGAGGUUUGGGAGACACCAUCACCAAAUCUGCUGGAGAUUCUGUGGAGCUGCCGUGCUCCUGUACAAAACAAACAAAGGUUGAUCCACAGACAGUGCAGUGGGGAUUUAGGAGAAAGUUCACACAAGGUCAGUACAAAGCUGAUCACUCAGUGUUUCCAGUGGACGGCAGUCAGAAUCAGCGCUACAGAGGCAGAGUUCAGAGACUGAAUCAGAAUAAACCAGGAACUGUAGCUCUAAUCAUCUCUCACCUCACUGAGGAAGAUGAAGGAACGUAUCUGUGUGGUAACAAUGGGGAAUAUAUCAGAGCCGUCACUCUCCAGAUCUCCACAGGCUGUGCUGUGCUGAGUGACAGUGAGAGAACGUUCUCCAGAUCUCCAGGAGAGUCUGUUCUGCUGCCCUGUCUCUGUCCCACAGACCAACACAAGAUCAACACUGACAGAGUCACAUGGACUAAAGAUCAGACUGCAGUGUGUAAUGAUACAGAAUCCUACAGAGGCAGAGUCUGGAUGUUCGACCAAACACAUUCCAGAAAUUUCUCUCUCCUCAUCUCAGAUCUGACUAAAGAGGACUCUGGACGCUACACCUGCAGAGCUGAUGAGAAAGACAUGCCAUAUGUCCAUCUAGAGGUCAAAGGCUGCGCUCUGUCAGAGAAUAAACAGACUGUUUCAGUCAGUAGAUCCUCAGGAGAGUCUGUUCUUCUGUCCUGCACCUGCACUGACCUGCAGGACAGACCUGAGAGAGUUCAGUGGAGAACACCAAACCAUGAAGAUCUCCUUCAGCGCUACAGCGGCCGAGUUCAGACGUUUAACCAGAACUCUACAGGAAAUCUCUCUGUACUGAUCUCAGACCUGACUGAAGAGGACGGAGGAACAUAUUCAUGCUGGAUAAACCAGAAUCAGUACAGGAACUUCAGCCUCACUGUUAAAG